AAGACUGAAAAUAAAACAGAAACAAAUUGUGAUGGAAAAAUUAAAAAAUGGCCUUCAGAUAAUAAAACUCAAUAUAAUUUUCAUCCUGAAAUUGAAGCUGCAUUGAAUCAACAAAUAAAUAUGGAAUUCAAAGCUUUUUAUAAUUAUUUAUCAAUGGCAUCAUAUUUUGGUCGUGUUGACGUUGCAUUACCAGGAUGUGAGUCAUUUUUUUUACAAAUGCAUCAUGAAGAACAUGAACACGCGCUGAUACUUAAAAAUUACAUAAAAAUUAGAGGAGGUACUGUCAACCUGUGUACAAUAAAUCCACCAAAUGAUCAAGAUUGGAAAUGUCCUCUCAAUGCAUUUAAGAUUGCACUCGAUUUGGAAAUGAGUGUCGCUGAUGAACUUGUUGCAGCUGAGGUAAUCGCUCAAAAACACAAAGAUCAAAUAACCAGUGAUUUUAUCAUCGAUAUGUUGCUGAAAGAUCAGAUGAAAAGUAUCAAUGAAAUGGCUAAAUUUGUCAAUGUGUUGUCUGGCAUUGGUGAUCAAUCAUUGACGCGUUUUAUCUUUGACAAGGAUCUUUUGAAAAAUUAUGUAUCACAAAAAUUUAAUGUCAUA